GUGAGAUCGAUCUUUUUUCGAUCAGAGAGACAGAGACGACUAGAAGAAGCAAAGAAUAUAUAAAGAAUGAUGAAAAUGAAGACAGGAACGUCGCCGCCGGUCAUCGGCGGCGGAAGUAGUGGUAAUGAGUGGGAGUCUCGACCUGGAGGAAUGGUUGUUCAACGUCGGACAGAUCAGAACUCCGAUGUGCCACGUGUCAUUCGUGUUCGGGUUAAAUACGGUUCGGUUUAUCACGAGAUCAACAUCAAUUCCCAAUCUUCCUUCGGAGAGUUGAAGAAGAUGUUGUCUGAUCAGGUGGGACUUCACCAUGAAGACAUGAAGGUUUUGUACAAAGACAAAGAGAGAGAUUCAAAGAUGUUUCUUGAUCUUUGUGGAGUUAAAGAUCGGUCAAAGCUUGUUGUUAAAGAAGAUCCAAUUUCUCAGGAGAAACGUCUCCUUGCAAAAAGGAAAAACGCCGCCAUUGAAAAAGCUUCUAAAUCUAUCUCUGAUAUUAGUUUCGAAGUCGACAGACUCGCCGGACAGGUGUCGGCGUUUGAGACAGUGAUUAAUAAAGGAGGUAAAGUUGAAGAGAAGAGUCUUGUGAAUCUGAUAGAGAUGUUGAUGAAUCAGUUAUUGAGACUUGAUGCGAUUAUUGCUGAUGGUGAUGUCAAAUUGAAGAGGAAGAUGCAGGUGCAAAGAGUUCAGAAGUACGUUGAGGCACUCGACGUCUUGAAAGUCAAAAACUCUGCCAAAAAAGUUGAAGUCAACAAGUCGGUCCGCCACAAACCGCAAACGCAAACGCGAUUUGAGCAACGCGAUUUGUUAUCGUUUGUGGAGGAAGAGGAGGAGCCUAGGAAUUCCAAUGCCUCCUCCUCAUCAGGUACUCCGGCUGUUGUAACUACAAAAUGGGAGAUGUUUGAUUCCUCAUCGGAGGCUAAGGCGGUCGAAACGGUUAAACCGGUCCCUCCGAGAUUCAAAUGGGAAUUCUUCGAUUAAGAUAAACACCAUACAUACAUGAUAAAUAUGUUUUUUUUCUCCGAUUUCAUAUAUGAUUUGUUUUGUUUUUCAUCUCAACUGAGGUGUGUAUGAUUUGUGAUUUGAUCUUGGCUAUUUUUUGAGGCUUUGUCUAGAGUAUCUUUUGGUUGGACUCCCUUUUAAGUCAAUCAAAAUAACAGGGGAGU